AUGUUGAAUGAAAAUGUUAAACGUAAGACCCAUUCAACAACUUUGCCAGCAAUUGAAACACUUCAAAGAAACGUUCGUAAAGUCCCUACAUAUUAUUUAAGAAAACCUCGUGAUAUUCCUUUUCACUUACCCCAUAAAAAACUAUUGGAAAAAAUUGAGAAUGUUAAAAGGGAACCAGAACCAUUGACGGGAUUUACUGCAGCUCAGGAAGAAAGAUACAAACAUGAAAGGAAAACCACUAAAUUGCAAUUAGAGCCAAUCAAGUUGGAAGACAGGUUUGGCAAUUCUGAAGAUAAGAAGAAAACAAUUAAGAUACGAGAAUCUAGAAGCAGCAGUAUCCAUGUUGUCAAUAAAGAAGAUUUGACUACUGAUCUAUUAAAAGUUAAACCAACAGUGGAUUCACAGAAAGAAGUGAUAGACUACGUGCGAAAUAAUCCUUCUUGUGGUUUUCUCUACAUGAUUUACGCAGUACAUCCACAAAAUGUGUACUUUACACCGUACUAUUUAAAAGUUGUGCCUUAUGAAGAUGUAGACAAGAAAAAUUAUUUGACAAUAAGUUCAUGCGGAGUAACACAUUAUACUAAUGAAAUGGUUUUUACUAAACUCCCAGAUUGGGAACAAGAAUACACUAUAUUUGUAAAACUUACUGACAUAAAAUUUUUUAGAGUAUACCGAUAUUGGAAAGCAUUUUACGUGUGGAGAAAGUCUAUUCUAUUCAGAAAGUACAGCAAAAUUCGUACGAAACUUGCAAAGAAUCUUUUCAUACUGACUCCAGUGUUAGGUAAAGCCCUUCUCAGCAUCCAAGCUAUGUGCUGUGAAAUGUACAUGAAGAGUUUCGCAGAUUUAUCGAAGGAUAUGGAUAUUGCUUUCUUCUAUUUUAUUGAAAUACAGAUGAAGCGAGUCGAGUAUAUAAGAGAAAAACUCAUCGAAUUUCGUGCUGUGGUACUAGAAAUUAUAACACAAGCAUGUCAUACCGCUUUGUAUCAUCAAGGUUUCAUAUACGAUGACCGAAAUAUACCGCCGUUCCAAAUUAUCAGAGGAAAACCUACAGGAGGCAUGUCGUAUACAGAAAAAGCGAAUAAGAGAAAAUAUUGUGAGCGAUUAGCAUGUUUUAUCAAGUUAACAGACUAUAUGACUAACUAUAUGUUAUAUCGUCUAACAAAGAGAUCUAUCGGUAUGAUGGCAGGCAUGUUACGAACUCAUGUCGAAUUCACCCCUGAUAGAAGUCUUUUGGAAGGAACUGAAGUUAAUGAAGUCCUUGAAAUAUUACCCAGACCUAUUGAUACAUGCAAGUGGGCCUUAUUCCAAGUAGAUGCAUAUAUUCAACCAAAUGGUCAGGUGGAGCUGAAUCCAAGUGAAAAAGUAAUAUCUAGUUAUGUUGAAAAAGUAACAAACUAUUGGGAUGAAUACGUGAGAACAUUCCAUAACUUCCUUAAUGAAGACUCCUUGCAGAUUUUUGUCCAACCCACAAUAAUGGGUAAACAAGUGGAAUGGUCAGCUGGCGUGUCACCCAAUUUAUAUUUCUUGAUGAAUCAGGACAAGAACAUGUUAGCAGAUAUUGCUUUUAUACCAUUCUCUAUUAAAAAUGCAUAUGAUUCUGUGUGGAUUUUCCUUCAGCGUAUGCAAGGUUUCAUGGAUAACUUUAGAGAGGCACACGAAAUGGAUAUCAAUAUAAUAAAACAGGAGAGAGAUGUAAAUGAGUUCAGAAAGUUAUGCGACAGGUUCAAUAAACAAAUGGAAUCUAUAGAAGACGUUGUAAGCUACCAGCCAUUAGGUCUACUGUUUUUGUGUUUAUGUCCAUUCCAGGAGUUAUUUAGGCCUCAGCCUAAAAGACUUUUUGACGUCGUCGCUGUAAUAACGCCAGUCAUUGGUCAUGACUGCAUAGAAGAAAUCUUGAAUGGCAUAGAGAAUAUAACUGAGGACAUUACUAAAGAACCGGAGAGCGCUGGUGAAUUGGUAGCAUUCCACUACAUGCUAGAUGGGCUUGAAUCUCGUGCAGCGUUCCUUGAAGAUCGUCUUGAGUAUCUCCGAGAACUUUACGAUUUGAUGGGCGAGUUCAAUAUUCCGAUACCACCGGACGAUAUGACUGAAUACUUAGGAUUAAGCAUAGCUCUAGGAACGCUUAGAACUAAUGUAGAUGCUCGUUUGGAGACACGUAGUAAACUUACUGGUAUGUUCGCCAGUCAGAUCGGAAAAGACAUCAUGCAACUAAUGUUAGAUGUCAAUAAACUGAGAGAUGAAGUAGCGGCAACAUGGCUGUAUGAUGAGAAAUCUGAUUUGGAAAAAGUAAUGGAAACACUUGACGAUCUGUUAGAAAAACUCAUGGUCUGCUUCGCCCGAGAUAAGCAAAUACGUGAUUGGCAAAAAAUAUUUAAGAUACCACCAGCAAGAUUAGAACAAUUGGAUGAAGCUAUAAAUGAUGUCAAACUAAGACAACUCCUAUGGAAGUCUUCAAAGGAAUGGAACGAUAUGUUCCAGUCUUGGUUUGAACUACCUUUUAAUACUUUGGUCAUGGAUGAUAUUCAAACUACUACUAUUAAUUUCGGCAAGAUUUUCAAUCAGCUUGAUAAAGGAUUACCACCAAAUAAGAUUGUGCCUAAAUGUAAAGAAACGAUCAAUAUAAUAAAAGAAAAGAUACCAGUUAUGUCAUACUUGCGUACUCCAUCUUUAAAACCCCGACACUGGGUUAAGAUUGAAGAGAUCCUACAUACUCGUAUUACACCCGAUAUGGUACUCACACUGCAGACCUUCGAGGAAUUACAUGCCUUCCAGCAUGCAGAAGAGUUGAUGGAAGUUGCUGGGCAAGCCAGUUCCGAAGCUGGCCUUGAAGCUUUAUUAAAGAAGGUCGAAGAAAUCUGGGCAUCAUUAGAAUUCCCUGUACUGCUACACAAGGACGCGCGUGAUGUGUAUGUGCUCGGAGGCCUCGAUGAGAUCCAGGCGAGUGUGGACGAGAGCAAUAUCCACAUCAGCACAAUCCUGAGUUCAAGGAAUUGUGGACCUAUUAAAAACAGAGUAGAGGAAUGGGCAAAAAAUUUGGAUCUAUUUUCUAAAACCCUGGAAGAGUGGUAUGCAUGCCAGCAAACUUGGAUCUACUUAGAAGUAAUAUUCUCAGCUCCCGAUAUCCAAAGACAAUUGCCAAAUGAAACGAGACUGUUUACCAUUGUGGAUAAAUCCUGGAAAGAUAUUAUGCGUAAAUUAGCUAAGGUUCCAUUAGCAAUGCCAGCUGCAACUCAACCGAAAUUGUAUGAGGAGUUUGUUCGCAAUAACGAAAUGUUGGAUCAGAUCAUGAAAUGCUUAGAAGCUUAUUUGGAAACGAAACGCGUGGCUUUUCCAAGGUUUUUCUUCUUGUCAAAUGAUGAGUUACUUGAGAUAUUAGCUCAGACCCGCAACCCGCAUGCCGUGCAGCCUCACUUGCGCAAAUGUUUCGACGCUAUUUCGAAAUUGGAGUUUGGAGUAAAACUGUCAGAAAGUGAAAUGGAGAUAACUGAAGAAGGCACAUUGGUUGAAAAAGAAAUGUCAUUCCAAACAAGAGAUAUGUUCCAAGCUAGACUAGCCAAGACUGCUAAACCAGAAGACCUAACGACUGAUAUAAUUGCAAUGCUGUCACCCGAAGGCGAAAGGGUUAAUUUGGGCAAGGGUUUAAAAGCACGCGGUAAUGUUGAAGAUUGGUUGGGAAAGGUAGAGGAGGCUAUGUUCGCUUCCGUUAAGAAAUGUAUGAAAUUUGCAAUCAAAGACUAUUUAGGUAGACCACGUGUAGAGUGGGUGGAACUACAUCCUAAUCAGGUAAUCCUAUCAGUGUCACAAAUAAUGUGGGCUAAAGGCGUUCAUGAACUAUUCGACUUGGAGAUACCACUACGAAUUGAUACAGCAUUGUUGGAAUAUGAAAGGAAAUGUAUAGCAGAUCUGAAUGAUUUAGCGGCACUGACUCGCAAGGACCUAAGCUCUUUGUUUAGAAAAGUCCUGUGUGCUUUAAUAACUGUAGACGUGCACGCAAGAGAUACAAUAUCACAUAUGGUGGAAAAACACGUACAACGAGCGAACGACUUCGAAUGGUUGAAAAUGAUUCGUUAUUAUUGGGAGGAAGAUAUCGAUAAUUGCGUGGCGCGGAUGUCCAGCGCUAUGUACCUUUACGGCCAUGAGUAUUUGGGAGCUGGAGGAGUACUAGUGAUAACACCUUUAACGGAUCGCUGCUACUUAUGCCUAAUGGGCGCGUUGCAACUGGACCUUGGCGGUGCACCAGCUGGGCCCGCAGGCACCGGCAAAACCGAAACUACUAAGGACUUAGCUAAGUCUUUGGCCAUACAAUGCGUCGUCUUCAAUUGCUCUGAAGGUUUGGACUAUAAAAUGAUGGGUCGAUUUUUCUCCGGGCUGGCGACGUCCGGCGCGUGGUGCUGUUUCGAUGAAUUCAAUCGAAUCGACAUCGAGGUACUCUCCGUUAUUGCUCAGCAACUCAUCACAAUUAGGAACGCGAAGGUUGCGAAGCAAACGAGAUUCAUGUUCGAGGGACGUGAAAUUAAACUAGUGCGUACAUGUGCGGCAUUUAUUACCAUGAACCCAGGAUAUGCAGGGCGAACAGAGUUGCCGGAUAAUUUAAAGGCAUUGUUUCGACCUAUAUCGAUGAUGGUGCCUGAUUAUGCCCUAAUAGCGGAAGUGAUCCUGUACUCGGAAGGGUUCGAGUCAUCAAAGAGUCUCGCUAAGAAGAUGGUACAAAUGUACAAAUUGUCGAGUGAGCAGCUUUCCAAACAGGAUCAUUAUGACUUUGGCAUGAGGGCAGUCAAGAGUGUACUGGUAAUGGCCGGUGCAUUAAAACGCGCUAGCCCAGACCAGCAUGAAGAGAUGACGCUACUUUGCGCACUAAAUGAUAGCAAUCUACCCAAAUUUUUGGCGGCUGAUGCCAUCUUAUUUACUGGCAUAUUGUCUGAUCUCUUCCCUGGAGUCAACCUCCCAGUCCGCGAUUAUGGUAUCAUGGAAGAGGUUAUAAAAGAAAUAUUACUGGAAAAUAAGAAACAGAUUGAGAUUUGUCAGAUUCGCAAGGUGAUACAAUUACAUGAAACGAUGAUAGUACGUUGGGGCGUCAUGCUAGUGGGACCCACUGGUGGAGGAAAGACUGUAGUCUUACACGUAUUAGCAGACACCUACACUCGACUCUGUGAGAAUGAGGUGCCGCAGUACCAAAUAGUUCACAAGUACAUCAUGAACCCGAAAAGUUUGACUAUUGGUGAAUUGUAUGGCGAGGUGAACCUACAGACGCUUGAGUGGCACGAUGGUAUAUUGCCCCUGUCGCUCAGAACUGCUGUGCAAUGUGAAAAACCAGACCACCAGUGGUUAAUUUGCGACGGGCCGGUGGACGCGGUGUGGAUAGAAAACAUGAACACGGUGCUCGACGACAAUAAGAUGCUCUGCCUGUCCAACUCUGAGCGAAUCAAACUUACGCCUUAUGUCCACAUGGUCUUUGAGGUGGCAGAUUUGGCGCAGGCCUCGCCAGCUACAGUUUCCCGUUGUGGAAUGGUCUACAUAGAUCCCAAUGAAUUGGGAUAUCUACCAUACGUACGGUCAUGGUUACAAGAAUCCAUGGAGAAGAAUCUAUUUAAUCAAGAAAAUGCAGACUUUCUCUAUGAAUUAUUCCAGAUGCUUGAUGUUGGCGUUAACUUUGUUAACACCAAUUGUAGUGUUGGUAUAAAACAGGUGGAUAUAAGUAAAGUAUCAGCUAUAUGUUACUUAAUGGGAGCUUUACUCAGCGAGCCUGGUGAACGGUUUCCUGACAAAGCCGCUAUCAAAAUGUAUAUUGCCCAUUGCUUCAUAUUCUGUUACGUCUGGUGCAUAGGCGGAAACAUACUGGAGAUGAACAGGAAGGCUUAUGAAGAAGUUAUUAAAAGGCAGUUUGAAGCUUUUGAAGAAGCUGAAUAUUUUCCACAAGGUUUCAAUUUCUUUGACAUGUACAUGGAUACAAAGCAAAGAAAACUGAGGGUGUGGGCUGAUAUUAUACCAGAAUUCAUAUACGAUUGCAAUAAGCCCUUUUUUGAGACACUUGUACCUACGAUAGAUACAGUGCGUUACGGAUAUCUGUUUGAAAAGCUGUUGGGCGCUGGAAAACCUGUCAUGUUCACUGGGAGCACGGGUGUGGGUAAAACUUGUAUCGCGGCUGAAAUACUCAAGCGAAUGUCGGCUACUGGAUACUAUAUACCGAUCAUAUUGAACUUCUCAGCACAAACUAGCAGUACCCGGACACAGGAAGUUAUAGAGCUCCGAUUAGACAAAAGACCACGUAAGACUAUUGGCGCUCCGCUUGGAAAGAAAGUGAUCAUAUUCAUAGAUGAUGUAAAUAUGCCACGACUCGACGUGUACGGAGCUCAGCCAACUAUAGAGCUACUCAGACAAUUUUUGGAUUUCGGCGGUUUGUACGACCGGGACAAGCUGUACUGGAAGGAGAUCUUGGACGUGGUGCUGUCGUGUGCGUGCGCACCUCCAGGUGGUGGUCGUAACCCACUCACAGCGCGAUUCGUGAGGCAUUUCGCCAUGUUCUAUAUAUCAGCACCUAAUGCUGAUGCUAUGAAGACCAUAUUCAAGGCGAUCCUGAGAGGGCACAUGGAGGAUUUUGUACCCGAAGUAUCAGUCCUCGGAGAACCAAUAGUAAACGCGGCAGUGGACGUAUACUUAAAAAUCUGCGCAGAACUACUGCCAACGCCUGCCAAGUCUCACUAUGUGUUUAACUUGCGAGACCUCUCGAAGUCAAUGCAGGGAGUUUUGCAGGCGAAUGCAGCAUAUAUGCGAGCCCCACAGGGAAUGUUAAGGUUGUUUUACCACGAAUGCCUGCGCGUGUUCCACGACCGCCUAAUCGAUACACAAGACAAGAGCUAUUUCUAUCACCUCAUGAGCACUAUUUGCCAGAAGAACUUCCAGCAGCCCAUUCUUGACGUACCAGAUGAUCCCAUUAUAGAACACCCACCUCUGCUCCUCUUUGGAGAUUUUCUUAAUUCGGCUGUACCAAAAGAGAAUAGAAUUUAUCAAGAGAUACCGGAGAUACAUAAACUUAUGGUCGUAUUAAAGGAAUAUCUGGAAGAAUACAAUUCGACAGCGCGGGCAGAAAUGCAGCUAGUGCUAUUCCAGGAUGCAGUGGAACAUGUAGUACGGAUAGCGAGGGUGCUGCGAGCCGAGCGAGGACACUGCCUAAUGGUAGGCCCCGGUGGCUCCGGCCGUAGGAGUGUCGCUACGCUCGCCGGACAUGUAAAUGAAUGCAAAUGUAUGGGAAUGGAACUGAAGCGUAAUUACGACACACCGGAAUUCCAUGAUGAUUUACGUAAGAUGUACAUCCGCGCCGGAGUCAACUACGAGGAUACCGUGUUUCUCUUCACUGACGCGCAAAUUACCAAAGAAGAGUUUCUUGAAGACAUCAACAAUAUGCUCAAUUCUGGUGAAGUUCCCAAUCUAUUUGAGGGAGAUACAUACGAGCAAAUGCAGACUGCUUGCCGCAGCGAAGCUUGCAAGUGCGGCAUUAACCCGGCAGAUCGUGACGCCGUUUACUACUUCUUCAUCAAUCGCGUGCGAUCCAAACUACACCUUUGUAUAUGCAUGAGUCCUGUCGGUGAGGCUUUCAGGCGUCGCUGUCGCAUGUUUCCAUCUUUGGUGAACUGCUGUACAAUCGACUGGUUUACGAAAUGGCCAGCAGAGGCCCUGUUAUCAGUAGCACAGCAGUGUCUACAACCGCUUGGCAAUCGAGAAAUUAUUGAAAAGAUAUCACCACUAUGUGUCACUAUGCACGAGGACGUGGAUAAUAUGACAGAUCGACUGUAUCAAGAAAUGAGACGCUAUUUCUACACGACACCCAGUAGUUACUUGGAUCUCCUGAAAUUAUAUUUGUCCUUACUCGACAAAAAACAACAACAAAUCAUACGAGGGCGAGACAGGAUAUCGUGCGGAUUACAGAAACUCUAUGAAACGUACGACGUGGUUGGAGUUAUGGAACAACAAGUGCGUGAAAUGGAGCCUAUACUAGCAAAGAAAGCCGAUGAAGGCAUUGCGCUAGUAAAUCGAUUAAAGAUUGAACAAAAAGCAGCAGACGAAGUUAAGCAGGCUGUGAUGAAGGAUGAAGCUGAAGCAAAGGUAAAAGCAGAAGAAGUAAAAUCAAUUGCCGACGAAGCGAAAGCUGAUCUCGCAUUAGCCAUGCCAGCGAUGGAGGCAGCGCAGAAUGCACUGAAGGCUCUUAACAAAGCCGACAUAAACGAAUUGAAAGCAUUCCAGAAACCACCAGCACUUGUGCGCUUUGUUAUGGAACCAGUUUGCAUCCUGCUCGGUGCUAAACCUGACUGGGAUUCCACGAAAAAAUUGUUGGCGGACGUGAAUUUCAUUCGUAAUCUAGAAGAAUACGACAAAGAUCAUAUUCCGGAUACUACGUUGAAGAAAAUCAAAGUCUAUCUCACUCACAAAGACUUUAACCCCGAAACUGUGGUUAAAGUAUCUAAGGUAUGUCGCUCUAUGGUACUCUGGGUUCAAGCUAUUGAUAUGUAUGCGAAGGUAUUCCGGGUGGUCGAACCAAAAAUAUUGGCGCAUAAAGAAGCGGCGGCUGUCUUAAAGAGUGUAAUGGCAGUACUGAAAGCAAAACAAAAGGAAGUGGAAACUAUUGAAGCGCAACUCGCCAAAAUGUUGGAUGAAUUAAGGGUGGUGGAAGAGGAACGCAUAAAACUCCAGGCGGAUGUAGACCUAGCAGCGGCGCGACUGUCUCGCGCGGGGAAAUUGACACAAGCGUUGGCUGAUGAGAAAACGCGAUGGGAACUAAGUGUUAAGACGGCGACACACCAGUUGCACUGCACAACUGGCGACAUCAUCGUCGCAUCUGGAUGUAUUGCGUAUUUCGGCGCUUUUCCUUCGCACUAUAGACGUGAAUUGGUAGAGAAGUGGAUAAAGCAGUGCAGGGAACUCGAGAUCCCUUCUUCGGAUACAUUCGACUUAAUAUCAAUAAUGGUGGAUUCAUAUACGGUGCGUACAUGGAAUUCGCAAGGUUUACCACGGGAUGCCGUCUCAACAGAGAAUGGGAUAUUAGUGACACGCGCGGGAAGGUGGCCUCUUACCAUAGAUCCGCAAGAGCAAGCAAAUAGAUGGAUAAAAACUAUGGAACGCGAAAACGGACUGCAAAUAACUAAAUUGAAUGACCCCUCGUACUUGCGCGUGUUAGAGAACUGCAUUCGACUUGGAUGGCCUAUGCUCAUCGAAGACUUGGGCGAGACGCUCGAGGCUACACUUUCUCCUGUGCUACUUAAACAAACGUUCCUACAGGCUGGCCGUUUACUCAUUCACUUGGGCGACAGCGACAUCGAAUAUGACACAAACUUCCGUCUGUACUUGACAACUAAACUAGCGAAUCCUCACUACCUGCCCGAAAUAUGCAUACAAGUCACACUGGUCAACUUCACUGUCACUUUAUCUGGUCUAGAAGAUCAACUAUUAGCUGACGUGGUGCUAUUAGAAAGACCCGAUUUGGAAUUGUUGCGCACAGAGUUGAUCGUACGCAUCAAUACUGACAAGGCAACAUUACUCGAGAUAGAAGACAAGAUCUUAAGACUAUUGAAUGCCUCCUCUGGGAAUAUACUUGACGACGAAGAGCUCAUUGAAACGCUUAAUGAGAGUAAGGAAACUUCAGAAAUCAUCAACGCCCGAUUGGAGGAAACCGAAGCGACUGAGAUUAGCAUAUCAGCAGCCCGGGAAAAAUAUCGAACAGUAGCUACGCGUGGCGCAGUACUUUAUUUUGCAGUGGCCCAAUUAGCGGACAUAGACCCUAUGUAUCAGUUUUCACUAAAGUAUUUCAAUCAGGUAUUUAAUUUGGUAAUAGAGAAAAGCGAAAAAUGUGAUGUACUGGAGACGAGACUAGAGAUCCUACUUCGCGAGAUAACUCUGUCGGUGUAUAGAAAUGUAUCGCGAGGUCUCUUCGAGCGGCACAAACUUGUGUUCAGUUUCCUGCUAAACAUGGCUGUUUACCUUAAUAUCGGCUUGGUGGAAUACGACCAAUGGAACUUUAUACUGCGAGGGCCUGCCGGAACGAAACUUGUUCCGCCGAAAAAACCCUCGAUAGAAACAUUAACAGAUCAAAUGUGGUUAGCUGCUUAUCAUUUAAAUGAGACGGAUCCACACUUUGCGGGGCUUGUCGAUGACUGUCUGAAGAAAAUACCUAUUACCCUGGGCUCAUUUAGCGUGGAUAUUCAUGUAAAUAAACGAGAGAAGGCAUCGCCAAAAAUAGACUGGAACGAACGAUUAACAAGUUUCGAGAAACUUAUGAUCAUUAAAUGUUUAAGAGAAGAAAAGUUGGUGUUUGCAAUAGCUCAAUAUGUGAGCACAAGUCUGGGUUCAGUGUUCAUAGAAAGUCCACCAGUACAACUCAAUACAUUAUACGCUGACACAUCAUCGACUAUCCCCCUAGUUUUUAUCUUGAGCACAGGUUCUGACCCCUUUGGUGCCUUUCAAAAAUUUGCAACAGAGAUGGGUAUGCGUGAUCGCGUUAGAUCAAUCUCGUUAGGCCAAGGACAAGGUCCUGUAGCUGAAAAAAUGAUCAAUAACGGUAAAACGAAAGGAGAUUGGAUUUUUCUACAGAAUUGUCACUUGGCUGCAUCCUGGAUGUUGAACCUGGAGCUCAUAGUGGCAAAUCUAAGCAGUGAACAAAGUGUGCCUCACCCAGAAUUUCGUCUCUACUUAAGUUCUAUGCCUACUGAUAAAUUCCCAGUGUCAGUGCUACAAAAUUCAGUGAAAGUUACUAAUGAACCCCCAAAAGGUCUUAAGGCGAACGUGAAAAGAGCUUUAAUAGAAAUGGAAGAAGAUUUUUUUGAAAAUCAUGUAUUAGAACAAGAUUGGCGUACAAUGCUAUUUGGAAUUUGUAUGUUUCAUGCAAUAAUACAGGAAAGAAAAAAGUUCGGGCCGUUGGGAUGGAAUAUUAUGUACGAAUUUAACAACAGCGAUCGUGAAUGCGCUAUGUUGAAUUUACAAAUGUUUUGCGAAGAUGGUCAUAUUCCUUGGGAUGCUUUGGAAUAUAUUUCAAGUUCAAUCACAUAUGGUGGACGAGUAACAGAUAUGUGGGAUCAACGGUGCUUGACCACGAUCUUGAAAUUAUUUUUCUCCCCGCCUAUCUUAGAAGAAGGGUACACUUAUUCACGUUCUGGUCUUUAUUACUGUCCCCGAGCAGAAAAGCUGGAAAGCUAUCGUGAAUAUAUUGAAACAUUACCAGUUAUAGAAAGCCCUGAAGUAUUUGGAAUGCACGAAAAUGCCAAUAUUGCAUUUGAGAACAAGGAAACGAAUACACUGAUUCAGACUAUAGUGGAUGUCCAACCAAGAUCAGGUGGUGGAGGUACAGAUGAAACGCCAGAACAAAUAGUGUGGCGUAUUUGUGAUCAAACACGCGCAAACAUUUCUACGAAGAUUGACAAAUCGCUGAUCAACCCUGAACUAAUGCAGCGUGACGACAUGGGUCAAUUGAACUCGCUCACUACUGUACUGCUACAUGAAACAGACAGAUUUAAUACACUUCUUGCAUUAAUACACUCUUCGCUAAAUGAACUUCAGAAAGCAAUUAAGGGAAUGGUUGUUAUGUCGGAAGCAUUUGAAGAAGUAUUUAACGCUUUCUUAAAUAAUAGGGUUCCAGCGAUGUGGCAUAAGAAAGGUUACAAUUCACUGAAAUCUCUUGGCAGCUGGAUUCACGAUUUAAUUCUCAGAGUAGAUUUUAUCGAGAAAUGGCUGAUAGACGGCAAGCAGCCUAGUAGCUGGGUAUCAGGCUUGUUUUUCCCACAAGGCCUACUGACUGGCUCGCUGCAGUCGUACGCGCGUCGAUAUCGAGUGCCUAUUGACGCACUUAUGUUUGACUUCGAACCAAUUCCAUUUUUCCUUUCGCAAGAAGAUAUAUACACGCAAAAUAAGAAGAAAACUAAAGAUGAAGGACCAGAUGUGUAUGGCGACUUGGUGCUGCCAGAAGAUGGUGUCAAUAUCCAUGGUUUGUUUAUUGACGCAGGGCGUUGGGAUAUGCAGAAUAAUUGUCUAGUGGACGCAUUACCAGGGCAAAUGAACCCGCCAUUGCCGGUGGUUUGGUUCAAACCUGUAUUGGAAUUGCCAAAGCCGGAUCCACGGUACGACGCUCCACUGUACAAGACAUCAGAGCGUGCUGGCACUCUGUCUACCACAGGCCACAGUACUAACUUCGUGCUGUCAGUCUUGCUGCCUGCCAGUGAACCAUCACCGUUCUGGAUUAUAAGGGGCACCGCCUUACUCACACAAAUCACUGACUAAAUUUAUACGUCUUGCCUUAGAACUAGACCUAUAUUACGUAUAGCAUUUAUUAAUGAAACUUCAUGAAUUAGUUGGCCCCUUAUUCAUAAAAACGUCAAACCUCUCAUAAACCUAUUUUAGCUUUUGAACUGUUGUGUCUUUCUUUUACACUAAAUUCCCAAUUUAAAAAAAUAACAAAUCAGGAGUAUAUUUGUAGAAGGUUUAACCCUUAAAAGCCUGAUUUUUUUUAAAUCAAAUAAUAAAAUAUAUAAGUAUCCUUUACUGUUUCUAUAUUUAAAUUUAUUUUACAAUGAAACAAUGCAAACCUCUGUAUUAAAUUUGAAACUUCAGGCAUUUAAGGGUUAAGAAAAUAAAUAACACUCAUAUAGUAAUAUACUCACUUAUCUAAUAUUAUUGGAACAUUUAUCUAUAAAGAUGAUGGCCCACCUGAAACAUAUCCUUCACAGAGUACAUUGUAACGUAAAUACUAAUAGCCUAUUUGUUAAUACUAAUAUGUAAUUAACACAUGACCCAUAUUAUUUGUAUCACAAAAAUAAAUUUGAAUUGAAAUUACCUAAUUAAAUUUGGUAUUGUAAUUCCAAAGUAAAAUAGAAUUAAUUUCGAAUUUAAGAACAUAAGAUUUUCAUUAUGACUGUAAUUUUUAAAAUAACUAUACAAGCAUUAAAAUGUAGCUAUUGUUAGGGUCCCGUCGUCAACUGGCCAAUAAGGUUGUCCUCAAAAUUACCCUUAUAUUUCUCUAUUGAAUUAUUAAUGGCAACAUAGUUUCUAUUAUAAAUUCAAUAGAGAAAUAUUAAUGUUAAUUUAAUGGUUCUAAUUGGAAAAACUACCUUUACUAAGUUUAAAUAAUAUGUGUAGGUAGGGUAGGUACGCACUCAAUCAAUUAAGUCAAUUAACACAAAUUAACCCUCACUGACGUGUAUCAUAUCGAAGUUUAAAAAUAAUAAAUGUUCCUAUAAUGUUUAUUUACCUAUUAUAAAAAUAAUAUAAUUUUUAUUGAGUAUGAAUUGUUUUUGUGGACUACCGAAACAACUGUUCACAUAAACAUGGUAUUUUGAAUGAUUUGU